GUGACAAAGGGGCUCAAACACAAAGUCGAGGGUGCAGACACAAGAAUGUGUGUCAGCAUGAAGACAAGUGUGCCUGUUUCUACAGUUUAACACUGCAGCCAGUUGCCUGAAAUUGAGGUGCAAGCCACAACUCAAUAAAACUAGUGUUGGAAGAACUGCCAUGAUGAAUGAGACCACCGGUUACAUGGAAAUUGCUGCCAUUUACAACGAUAGUAUCAUCCUUGGGAAUGGCAGCAUGGGGAUCCUGAUCAUCCCCAAACCCAUGAAUACAGCCAUUAAUAUUUUGACUGUGAUCAUCCUCUUCAUCACCAUGAUUUCCCUCGGCUGUACGAUGGAGAUCUCCAAAAUUAAGGCCCAUCUUCUCAAGCCAAAAGGGGUAGCCAUUGCUUUGUUGGCCCAGUUCUGCGUUAUGCCCCUGACUGCUUUCUCUUUGACCAAAAUCCUCCGAAUGGAUCCAAUUAAGGCUGUGACUGUACUCAUCUGUGGCUGCUGUCCAGGAGGAAGCUUAUCAAACAUUUUUUCUCUCUCAGUAAAAGGUGACAUGAAUCUCAGUAUCGUCAUGACAACUUGCUCCAGCAUUGCCGCCUUGGUUCUCAUGCCUCUGCUGCUGUACAUCUUCAGCCAGGGCUUCACUGGUCUGAAAGAUGCUGUUCCUUAUGUCGGCAUCAUCACUACUCUCGUGUUUACCCUGUUGCCUUGUGCCAUCGGCAUUUUUAUCAACCACUACAAACCAAAUUACUCCGCAACUGUAACAAAUGUUGGUCUCAGCAUCCUGAUAAUAUCCAGCAUCAUAGUUUCUGUCCUUUCUGGUCUCGCUGUGAAGGAUGUAAUAUGGAUGAUCCUCAUGCCAGAUGUCCUGGCUGUGGCUGCACUGAUGCCUCUGAUUGGUUUUAUAAUGGGAUAUGUCAUGUCGGUCAUUUGCAGACUCAGCUCAAAAUGCAGCAGAACUAUCUCCAUGGAGACAGGGUGUCAAAACAUCCAGCUGUGCACCACCAUUCUUAAGAUGGCCUUUUCUCCACAGUCCAUUGGACCCUUGUUUUUAUUCCCCUUGUUGUACAUCACAUUCCAGUGUGCAGAGGCCCUCCUUCUGGUAUUGUGCUUUAGAUGUUACCAGAGAGUCACAGCACCACAUGAAGAUCCAAACAAAUGGGAGAAUGUUGACACCAAACAAGAAGAGGUGAAAAAAUGAUCUACAAAGAGACCAAUGCACUCUUGGAGAAACUAUUUAAAAAGGUGUCCCAUUAUUCAAACCUGUGACAUUGACUGAAAGUCUGCCAAAGCCUUGGCAGUCAAAAAGACCUGCUGUCACAGCCAAAAUGUUUUUUGUAGUUCCACAAAUGUUGAAUUUUUUUAAAAACUUUAUAAACAACAAUUUUGUUUGAGAAACACUCUCAGAUUAUGUUUAUUUCAAUAAGCUUUAUUAUGGGAUUAUUCCAUUAAAUUGUAUUAUUGCAAAACAUCUUUCAAGCUGUAAGAGAGGAGUGCUGGGCUAAUCAUAAAUCUAACUGCUAAUGUGUCUGAAAUCUUUCUGUGUACAAAAAUUGCUUGAGACUUUCAAAUGCCUCUGCUCUCCAAGUUGACCAAUCUUCAAAAAUCUUGACAGAAUUUGGUAAUCUUCUGUAUAUUUAUUAGUGUGGGAGAAGACCAAGAUGCUCAAAGAUCUUUAAAUGCCUUACAUCCAGCAUGCCAGUGAAAACUGCAGUUAAAAAUAUGGUAAAAUACUAUGAUUAUGGUUAUGACUGUAGAACAUUAAUUACAUUUUUGGUAAGUUUCCCUUUAAGAAUCGCAAAACAAUGUUUUUGAAAACAAAAACUUGGUGCACAAGCUUGAUUUUGACCUUGAAUUUUCCAUGAUCCAAAGAAGGUCAAGUUGUACUCAUAAAGUCAAAUAUGUGCAUAGUAAUUGUGGAUUAGCAAAUUGCAUCUCAACAACAUGCUUUUUGUAGCUAUCAGCAAGCCCCUGGCAUAAUUCAGCAUGAUCUCAGAUUGGUUUUCAUUAAAAUUCAGAAAAUUCUCUGCCUACAAAUUAUUAUGUGAACUGAGUCAGCAAUACACUUUUGGUGGCCAGUAAACAUCUGCAUAAAAAGGAAAUGUUCUGCUUUCAGAAAACAACUACAAAGAAAAAAAGAAGAGGUCCAUGAAUGGAGUCUUACAGCAUCCCUCACAGAAGGUUAAAAACAGAAGAGUUAAAAAUUUUUUAUGCUAAUACAAAACUUUAUAUCUGAAACUUAGGAAAAGAUUGGAGACCUAAUUACACUCUCAUAGUUCCUGUCUAGAGAUGAUGACCUCAUGAUUUGCCAUACCAAAAGCUGCUAUUCAAUAGAGCAGAACAAGAGUCUGUUGCCAAAAAGGAAUUUACUAAAAUCUACCCAAAGAGCAGGCAUUUAUACUUGAUAAGGAAAUUUGAUUUCAUAGAUAAUUUCUUUUGAGUAACAAUAAAUCUUAUACUGCCAGAGAGCCUAUUUUUGACUUUGUAAGAAAAACUUAUUUGUUGUUUGAGCAGCAGAAUUGAGUAUGUGGGUGGAGCCAAUGAAUAAAUGACAAAUCCUCUCUUCCAAUCCCAAACUCCCUAUUUUGCAAAUAACUCGUUUUGUCAAUGGAUUGGAUGAUCAAAGUUUGAAGAAACAAGACAGAAUUCAACAAUUUAUUCAUUUAGUAAAAAGGGGGUUCAGCAGAGGAUGGAGGGGAUCUUAUACAACCACAACAACUAGGCACCUCCUCCUGGUGCUGAUCACCAGCUGGGUCACGCAGAUGGUGAUGGAAUCUCAUUCUUUGACCACAAUUUGUUGAAAGUGGGUCAAUGAGAUCAGAUUGGUAUGAAUAGCAUGCAACAGAUAUGCAGUAAGACUGAGGUCAGGACGUUCCACUUCAGUUUCCAGUUUCUAACAAUCAACCAAACACUAUUUUCUUGGUUUUAACUAUAUUACUUUCUUGUGUCAUAAUUCAAUAAGGUUGUUUUUGGUGAAAACACUCUACCUGAAAAAAACAAACAAACAAACAAACAA